AUGGAGCAUUGGCAUACACCAUACGAGAAUGCACUUAUCACGACUGGUCGAUUUGGUAGCUUUGGAGGACGUUACGCACCAGAGAGCCAGAUCGGAUUUCUGCAAGAACUUACGACAUUGUUUCACAAAUCCCUGAAUGAUGUUGGCUUCUGGAAAGAGUACUGGACCUUCUUACCUAACCAGCCGAGCCCGUUGCAACAGGCCCAUAUGUUGACAGAGCUGGCGGGCAGUGGCAAAAUAUGGCUCAAACGCGAAGAUCUCAACGGCUACAUAAGCCCCAGCAGAUACAAUAUCGUUGGCCAGAUACUGUUGGCGCGUCGGAUGAACAAAACGGAGAUCAUAACUGCCUGUGCAUCCAUAAGUCAUGGAAUUGAGUGUGCUACUUUGUGUGCGAAGCUAGGGAUGGCCUGUAGGAUCUAUAUGGGCGCAAAUGACACCCUUAAUCAGCCUGCAGAGAUUAAGAGAAUCACAAUGAUAGGCGCGACAGUGGAAACAGUCAGGAGAGGCAGCAUGUCACUACGCGAGGCCACGGGCGAUGCCAUGCAAGCCUCCACAACUCGCUUCAAGGUCGCCUUUUAUAUUUCGAUCUCUGAAACUGGGCCACAUCCCUAUCCAUUGAUUGUUCGCACCUUCCAAUCCAUCAUUGGCAGCCAAGCAAUGCGUCAACUGAACGAGGCAUGCGGAAGACUUCCAACUUGGGUUGCUGCAUCGAUAGCUAGUAAUGGCACGGCAGUUGGGUUCUUCUAUCCUUUUUUGAGAUAUGACUCUGUCAGACUGCUUGGAGUGGAAGCUUUUGGCUCGGCCGCGCUUUGUUUUGGAUCCCGAGGAGUUUACAGUGGAGCUUUCACGAACAUCCUGCAGGAUGACGAUGGUCAAAUUCCUCCGACCGAAUCACUAUCACCUGAUAUGAACUUUCCUGCGGUCGGACCAGAGCUUGUUCAUUGGGAGCAAGAUGGCCGACUUGAAUGCACAUUCGCAACAAACGAAGAGGCGGUCGAAGGACAGCGAAUUUUCAAUAAUACGGAGGGCAUUCCAGUGGGUCUUGACACCGCGCACGCAAUUCAGAAAGUUAUCAGUACUGCGAAAAAUUUGGAUCGUGGUGAAGUCAUUCUGCUUUUAGUAGCUGGACCCUGA